AUAGCUGUGUGGUACGUGACUGGAGGCAUAUCACUGUCCUCGCCUGGAUCACGCCAAUGUGACCCCAACCCCACCACCCUCCCCACCCCAUGAUGUCCAAAAAAACCCAACAAAGAAAAUUGGCUGGGACCAAGAAAAAGAAACAACAGAACCGAGCUCAGCUGAAAGAGGAAAAUAAGGCAAGCCACCAACAUCAGCAAGCCCUAACGAGGCAGCUAGAGGCCCAGGAUCAUACCAUACGAAUCCUUAUGUGUCAGAAAACUGAACUGGAAACAGCGCUCCAUUACAGCCAGGAUACUGCCAGGAAAUUUGAAGAAGAUUCCAAGGAUCUGGCAGGCCGCCUGCAUCAUUCCUGGCACUUUGCAGGAGAGUUACAGCGGGCUCUCUCUGCUAUGUCCGCAGAGCACGAGAGGGCGGACAGGUACAUCGAGGAGUUAACAAAGGAGAGGGAAGCCAUGAGUCUGGAGCUGUUCAGGAACAUCAUAACCAAUGAGGAGCUGAAGGAGAAAAAUGCCGAACUACAAGAAAAACUUCGACUGGUAGAAACUGAAAAGUCUGAGAUCCAGCUCCACAUCAAAGAGAUAAAAAGGAAACUGGAGACGGACAAAAUCCCGCUGCCACAGGUUCAAACCAACACUUUGCAGGAGAAGAUGUGGAGGCAGGAGGAGGAGCUACGGGAUCAGGAGAAGCUACAGAAGCACGAGGAGAAGAUGUGGAGACAGGAGCAGAGGCUGCGGGACCAGGAGCAGCAGAUGCGGAAGCAGGAGCAGAGGCUGCGGGACCAGGAGCAGCAGAUGCGGGAGCAGGAGCAGCAGAUGCGGAAGCAGGAGGAGCAGAUGCGGAAGCAGGAGGAGCAGAUGCGGAAGCAGGAGGAGCAGAUGGGGGAGCAGGAGGAGCAGAUGCGGAAGCAGGAGGAGCAGAUGCUGAAGCAGGAGGAGCAGGCGGAAACAGGAGGAGCAGAUGGGGAAGCAGGAGGAGCAGAUGCGGAAGCAGGAGGAGCAGAUGAGGAAGCAGGAGGAGCAGAUGGGGGAGCAGGAGGAGCAGAUGAGGAAGCAGGAGGAGCAGAUGAGGAAGCAGGAGGAGCAGAUGGGGGAGCAGGAGGAGCAGAUGUGGAAGCAGGUGGAGAGGCUGCAAUUCAAGGAGGAGAGGCUGUGGGAUGAGUAUGAGAAGAUGCAGGAGGAAGAGGAGAAGAUCCGGGGGCAGGUGGAGAAGAGGCGGGAGAAGAAGGAGAGGAUGGGAGAGCAGGAGGAGAAGAUGCAGGAGGAGCGGUGCUCAGAGCCCUGCCUCCCUCCCUCCAAAUAUCCUUCUGAUAUGAGCCACCCUGGCAGCCUGGAGCCUGCACGAGAGGCCGGGAAGGGUUAUUCCCAUGACAACCGCACUGCACAGCAGAUCAUGCAGCUGCCCCCUGGAAUGAAGAACGCCCAGGAGCGCCCAGGCUUAGGCAGCACCUCCUGCAUCCCAUUCUUCUACGGAGGAGACAAGAAAAAGAUCAAGAUCAUCAAUAUCUAAAAAGAACGGUCAACAAGGCCUACAGAAGUGUAAGCCACCAUGUGACCUUGUGAAUAUAGUCUGAGAACAAACUUGAAAAAAAGAAAAUUUAUUUUAAAUUGUGGCAAAAUACUGGCCGGGCACGGUGGCCUGCACCUGUAAUCACACCACUUUGGGAGGCCUAGGCGGGUGGAUCACCAAUCCCAGCUACGUGGGAGGUUGAGGUUGCAGUGAGCCGAGAUCACACCACUGCACUCCAGGCUGGGUGACAGAGUGAAACUCCCAUUUCAAAAAAAAAAAAAAAAA